AUGCCUGGCAUUUCCUCAAUUGAGCUACUCGUUUUGACUGUGGUUUUUCUGACUGUCUUUCACUUUAUCAUCUAUCCUCUUUGCUUCCACCCUUUAAGUAAUGUUCCAGGCCCAAAGAUUGCUGCGAUCACCCGGCAAUGGAUCUUGUACCAGACAUGGUCAGAGAAUAGAAACAAGACAAUUCUAAAACUACACGAACAAUAUGGUACCAUUGUCCGAAUUGGGCCCAACGAGGUUGAUAUCAGUGACGCAUCCUAUAUAAAGGAUAUCUAUGUGAAGAACUUGGACAAGUCUACCUUCUACCGUCAGUUUGGUGCUUACGGGGCAUACAAUACGUUUUCUGAAAUCGAGAAAACUCCUCAUCUAGAAAGAAAGAAGGUGACCUCAAAGUUUUACUCAAAGACUAAUGUCGCUACAAAUCCUUUACAAAGCAGAAUGAGAAGUAUUAUUGAUCAAACAAUUGAUCGCAUUAAGUCCACUCAACACUCCAUUGACGUGUACAAUCUGUUUCAACAGAUGGCUUUGGAUGUAAUGUGCGUGUUUUCUUUUGGAACUGAAGUCUAUGAUAAACCGUUAGUCAGACAACCUGAAAAGGCACAGGACCUCGUCAAUAAUUUCAGAUGGGCUUCAUCCACUUGGUUUUGGACGACACUGGUACCGUUUCUAGAGCCUUAUGUCAUCUCUCAACAUGUAAAGGACGCAGCUUGCAAGACAGCAACUUGGGUAAUGGAUUUUUCCGCCCAAGCUUCAACAUGCUCAGACUUAGAACAUGGGUCAAAACCAUUAACUUUGGUUGGUGUGUUGAAGAAUAGCGGAUUAGAUAUGAACCACGUUGCUUCUGAGGUCAUUGAUCAUGUCGUAGCGGGUCAUGAGACUACAGGAAUUACCCUCGCAUACCUUCUAUAUGAACUCGCAGCAAACCCUGAUAUUCAACGAACAUUGAAAGAUGAGCUGAAGGUUUAUCAAGAGAAAGAUUAUGAUUUCUCCCAAAUCGAUGUUCUACCUUAUCUAGAAGCGGUUCUUCAGGAGACUUUCAGACUGCAUGCUGCUAUUCCAGGACAAGAACCUAGAGUCACUCCAAUUGGGGGAAUGAAGUGGAGGGGUAACGAGCAGGUACCCUCCAUGACAAUUCCUGGUGGUACUAUUGUUACAAUGGAGCCAUGGACGUUGCAUCGAGAUGCCAAGGUAUUUCCGGAUCCUCUUGUUUUCAAGCCAGAAAGAUGGCUGGCGGAUGAACAUUCUUUAUUUCCCAUGAAAAGGCAAAUUCUCACAUUUGGAGCAGGAGUCCGGAUGUGCAUUGGGAAAAAUCUUGCUAUUCAAGAGAUGAAACUGUUACUUGUAGGACUGCUGAGAAAUCACCAUGUAGUGCUAGAUCCAUCCGUGGAUUAUGAAUCAGAUGUCGUCAUGGCCGACAAGUAUACCACACAUCCUGCCAAUCACCGUCUGUUCCUGACUUUUUGCCGUGACUAA